AUGAAAAAUGUGGCCCGAGCUCCAAAAGGUGUAUGGGCGAAAAUUACAAGGUUUUUGUUUGACAUUCAACCAGAGUUUGUGCAUUCUCUUCAUCUGUGUGAAGCUGCUAGGAAAAGGGGAUACAUCCAAAAUUUGCCAACCGAGAACAGAUCACCGCUUCCCCCUCUACCCCCAAAGACCAUAUUUGAGGCAUUCCCUGAUUACAAGAUGUGGUGGCCAUCCUGGGACCAGAGAACACACCUCAGUUGCUUGCAAACAUGUAUGGCAAGUGCAAAGGUGACAGAACGGAUCCAGCGCGCUCUUUCAAGCUCAGGCAAUCCACCACCUCAAAGUGUACAGAAAUAUGUCAGGCAUGAAUGCUCAAAAUGGAACCUUGUCUGGGUUGGCAAAAACAAGGUUGCUCCAUUGGAACCUCAUGAGAUGGAGUAUCUUCUUGGUUUCCCAAGGGAUCACACAAGAGGAGUCGGCAAGACACAGAGAUACAAGUCUCUCGGCAACUCAUUCCAUGUUGACAAAGUCGCUUACCACUUGUCAGUGUCAAGGGUCAUGUUUCCCAAUGGUGUUACUGUGUUGUCCUUGUUCACCGGUAUCGUAGGAGGAGAGGUUGCUUUGCACAAGCUUGGGAUCCACAUGAGGGUAGUAGUUUCUGUUGAGAUAUGCAAAGCUAAUAGGGAGAUUUUGAGGAGUUGGUGGGAUCAAACCCAGACAUGCACGUUGAUUGAGAUUGCUGAUGUGAAAUUCCUCAAGGAUGAUGAAAUUGCAUCAUACGUUAGUAGAUUUGGUGGCUUUUACUUGGUGAUUAGGGGCAGCCCAUGUAAUAAUCUUGCCGGAAGUAACCAACACCAUCGUGAUGGCUUGGAGGGCAAGCACUCAUCUUCGUUCUUUGACUACUUUAGGAUCUUGAAUUCCGUCAAGUCAGCUAUGGCGACAAUGCAGCCUAACCGCUGUAGUACCUAUGCUAUCCAUUAA